CAGGUACAACCACAUUGCACAACUAUGUCUUCCCACCAACAGAAACAGCCCAAUAUCAUGCCUCCUCAGCUUCAGCAGCAGCAGGUGAAACAGCCCUGCCAACCACCUCCUCGGGAGACAUUUGUCCCACAAACAAAGGAGCCAUGCCACCCCAAGGCCCCGGAACCAGGCACCACCAAGGUGCCAGUGCCAAGCCAGCCUAAGGUCCCAGGGCCAGGCACCACCAACAUAGGAGAGCCAUGCUACCCUGAGGUGCCAGUGCCAAGCUAUCCUAAGGUCCCAGUGCCAGAUACCACCAAGGUACCAGUGCCAAGCCAGCCUAAGGUCCCAGUGCCUGGAACCACCAAGGUGCCAGAGCCCCAUCCCAUCCCGGUUACUCCACCUGUUACCCAAGAGAAGUACCCACAGGUCCCCAAGACCAAGCAGAAGUAA